AUGAGCCCGGAGGCUUAUAGCUUAUAUUCGGCUGCUCCAGCUAUAGUGACGAUUGAGCUUAGCGACUUGAAGAAUUCAUUCGUCAGCGGUGUCCACAACUUCUCCCCAAAGAGCAGCGACUACGAGCAUCUUGGCAGGGUUGUUAAUGUUCCAGUAACACUACUCGUGUUCCUGCCGUGGUGCAAUGAGCACUGUGAUACAAUUGUGAACUUCAACUUGGUCACACGUCAUCGUAUAGAACUGGGCCAACCUAGUAUGAGCUCCCUCAAUGAGCACAACUAUCACGCUGGUUUCCUAGCUAGGAGGCAACUAACUUACGGUCCUCACUUAGAUCCUCUGUUGCUCCAUGGGGCCAGUCAGAAAGGUGUGGAGACAGGGCGCGUAUUCAUCACAGUGGGUUCUACACAGCUGAAACGCCAAGGCGCUGUGGAUGAGUUCAUCACAUUCCGGCGUCUCGGAUAA